UAAACCAAAACCUGUUUAUGAUCAAGAUUUAUUCUUAUUAUUGUUAGAUAAUAACAAUAAUAUCAGCAAUAACGAAAUUAAUAGCGAUAGCAAUAUUAAUAUUGUUAAUAAUCUUAAUAGCAAUAAUGAUAUUAAUAGCGAUAAUGAUUUUAAUAGCAAUAAUGAUUUUAAUAGUGAUAACAAUUUUAAUAUGGAAAUCCUGGAUUUUAAUUCUGAUAUUAAUAUGGAAAGAUAUGAAAGUUUACAAGAAAAUAGUAGCAAUUCAUCGAGUUUUUCUGACAGUGAUGAGUCUUUAACAGAUGAAUAUAAAGAAAAUUUUCUUGGUUCUACAAAAUAUCUCGUAUUAAGUAAUGCAGAACUUAAAAAAAUAAAGGAGCAUUAUGUGACGAAUUAUAAUAUAGAAGCUAAUCAAUUACAAGUUAA